UUUUUCCGGAUUCUUCUAUAUUUUUAUUAUUAAUUUUCCGGAUUGUAUUUUUCCGGUUUCCUUUAAUUUUUCCGGAGUGUGUUUUUCCGUCAUUCAAAUAUUUUUCCCUGAUAAUGUUUCCGGUUUUUAUUUUUCGAAGCGUGUUUCUUUUAUUUUUUUCCGGAUUAUGUUUUUCCGGUUUCUUUUAAUUUUUUUCCGGAGCGUGUCUUUUCCUGGUAAUGUUUUCCGGUUAUAUAUUUUUCGAAGUGUGUUUCUUUCCUUUAAUUUUUCCGGAUUGUGUUUUUCGGGCUUUACUUCGACAACAACAACAAAUCCAAAGAAUUCAACAACAACAAUUAAAACAACAAAGUCAGAGUUCAAACGAAGAUACAAAAAAUUAUGGAAAUGGAGGGGAUAUUAUAGAUUAUGAAGAAGAUGAGAGAUUUAUUGAACAACAACAGCAACAACAAUUAGGAAAUUUAGCUUCAAUGACGGCCAAGGAAAUGAAGGAUAGAAAAAAGUCUUUAAUGACAAGAUUAAUACCUGGAAGGAAUGGACCUAAUGACGCAAACAAAAGGCUAGGCUUUGCACGUUCUGAAGAGGUUGGUAUUCCUGGAGAAGGAGGGGGAGGGGCAACAACAACAGUCUCGACAACAACAUCAAAUACAGCAUUAGCCCCGCCUGAACUUAUCAAACAAAAUAGUAAAGAAUCUACUGACAGUUCUGACAAUUGGCUGCCUAUUUUGCCUGACCGACCACUCGGUUCAUUUAUGGAAAAUCUUGGCCCUGGGCAAGUUGUCGGACGCCAAGCACUUGGUGCUAUACCUAUGGGUGAACUGUUGAUUGGUUUAUCAGUUGAACAGGGAACUGGAUUGGUUUUGGAUAUUAGGGAGGCUAGAGAAUUGAAGAUUGGACCAAGAGGAGCUCCUGCUUCCUACGUCAAAGCCUAUUUAAUGGAAGGAAAAAAUUGUGUAGCAAAAGCAAAAACACAGCCUUCAAGAACACGUUCUGCCUCUCCCAGCUUUCGCCAAAAAUUAAUUUUCAAUGAGAAUUUGAGAAAUAAAAUGCUUCAAAUAACUGUAAUUGGGGAUUUUGGACGUUUAGAACGUAAAAUAUUUAUGGGAGUAAUUCAAAUUGCUUUGGAAGAAUUACAGCUAGGAGGAGGAAAUAUUGUUGGGUGGUAUAAAUUAUUUGAUAGUGAUAGUUUAAAUGGAGCAAGUUGUCAGCAACAACAACCUGUGAGAAAAGAAAGCGGAGUAUCUUCUACUUAA